AUGGCUUACGGACCAAAGGCAGCCAUCGAUGACUACUUUGAAUACACAAGAAUUGUAGGUGAUGACGAUGGUGGCAAGUUGUUUACACCUCAGGAGUACGAGAAAUAUAAAAAAAGAGUUCUACCUAUACGUGCUAAAAAUCGGUUAUACGUGAGUUGGACUUCCCCUACUGGCAUCGAUUGUAAAUUGAUUGGUCCAGAAACACCAUGUUUUUGUACACAUAGAUAUAAACAACAUAAGACCGAUUUUGAAGUUAUUCCAUCUGAACGACCAAUUGCGAUGCCAUGCCGAGCAAAAGGAUGUUUGUGUAAAUCAUAUCAUUACAUUCCCGCAAUGGGCUCACAGCACAUAAAGUGUAGCGCUUGCAAGCAUCCAUCGAAUGAACAUUCACCUAAAUCUCCGUACAAGUGUGCCAGGAGCAACUGUGGUAGCAAACAAUGUCAAGGAUUUAAAACUUCCUAUACAUGCUUGUGUGGUGAACUCGCUAAUAAACAUCAGACAAUUAUUGAAACCAAAGAGGAAAGAGAAAAUCGUGGCCACCCUGUUAGUAAAGACGACGUUCCGUAUAUUGCUAUGGGAGGUUUAACAGGAUUUAGCUCUUUAGCUGAAGGGUAUAUACGAUGCGAUCCAAGUGGUGCUGGUCAAAUUUCAAAGGAGCAAUUAAAUCAACCUAUUACUUCAAGCGAUCAUCCUUUUCUUAGGACUUACGGCAUCCCACCUAUGAAUAAAAUAAAAGCUAAAUCUGGCAAAUCGUCAACUUGUAAACUUGUCAAAAAACAGUAA